CCAACUGCCAGUGAGUCAGUUUGGGAUGACCGUAGCUGCAAGUGCGGCUCCCCCAUUUGAAAUUUGAAUUGCGCUGCAGCGCCAUCUCUGGAGCCGCCACUGCGUCACUAGUAUAAGUGGAAAGGGCAAAACAAAGAACUUCUUUCCAGUUAACACUUAUUUUGUAGAUGUGUUUAUUGGCUGGCCAGGACGAUCUCAUGACUCCCGAGUUCUUGCCAAUUCAGGUCUAUUCAACAUUGUAGAGGAGAAGCAGGAUGGCUGGCUGUGCCCCAAAGAGAUGAGAAGUUUUACGUUCCAUGUUGGUAUUCUCCUGGUGAUACAAUGUCUUUCGGGUAAUUCUGAAUCGACAACCAAACCCAAUGAAUGUAUAGCAGGAGUUCCGGGUAUCCCAGGUACCCCAGGUUUGAAUGGACAGCAUGGACAGCCAGGAAGAGAUGGUAAAAAUGGAGAAUCAGGACAGAAAGGUGACUCAGGUGCACCAGGAGAAAAAGGACCACAGGGCCCCCCUGGGAAAGUAGGUCCUCCAGGAAAGGAUGGCGUUCCAGGCACUACUGGUGCUCCAGGAUUACCAGGUUUCCCUGGACCACUUGGCAAAAGAGAAUCCUACGCAUUUCAUGUGGGAUUGAAAUCUUCUUCACCAUCUAUUACUGGACCAAUUAAGUUUGAAAAAGUAUUUUACAAUGAAAAAAGUCUGUACAACACAGAAAGUGGUAAAUUCACUGCUCCAGUAGAGGGACUUUAUUUCCUUACCUACCAUAUUACAGUAUACAAUAAAAAUGUACAUAUUUCCCUGAGACACAAUGGUAAGAUUGUACAGUAUAUGUAUCAUGUGUACGGUUCCAGCACUCAGCAAGCUUCUGGGGCCUCUAUUCUAGCACUGACGAAAGGAGAUGAGGUUUGGCUGGAGGUGGUCGAUGGGCACAAUGGUCUUUAUGCGGACAGUAAUGAUGAUUCUACCUUCUCUGGCUUUCUGAUUUCAUGACUUAUGACAUGACUUAUGACAUUUCUAUGAGAAUUCCUUUAAAGUAUUUACAGAAACAUAGUCAUAGCUAAUGUUUCCACAAUAAAGCUUGAUUUUCGUCUUCAGGACUGUAACAUGUUUAAUUUGGGUCGUUGCAUGUACAUUAUAUAAAAAAAUGCUACAUUCAAUGCUUAAUAAUAAAAUGAUAUAUAUGGAA